AUGGGUAAAGCAAAAAAGACUAGAAAGUUCGCACUUACGAAACGUACAUUAAAUGCUAAAAAGGAUCAAAGGCUGAAGGCAAACCAGGAUAAAAUAAGGGAGAAAGAAGACCCUGAAUUGACUAGAAACAUACCGCAAGUCUCCAGUGCUCUUUUCUUUCAAUAUAAUGAAGCCAUUAAACCUCCAUAUCAAGUUUUGAUCGAUACAAAUUUUAUAAACUUCUCCAUACAGAAAAAGAUAGAUUUAGUGAGAGGUAUGAUGGAUUGUUUAUUAGCAAAGUGCAAUCCUUUGAUUACCGAUUGCGUCAUGGCAGAAUUGGAAAAACUAGGUCCAAAAUAUCGUAUAGCGUUAAAAUUAGCUCGUGAUCCAAGAAUUAAACGUCUCAGCUGUUCCCAUAAAGGUACAUAUGCAGAUGACUGUAUUGUCAAUAGAGUCCUGCAACAUAAAUGUUAUAUCGUUGCCACUAAUGAUGCUGGUUUAAAACAACGUGUGAGAAAGAUCCCUGGUAUCCCAUUAAUGAGUGUUGGUGGUCAUAGCUAUGUCAUCGAAAAAUUACCGGAUGUCUUCUGA